AUGAGAGUUCACCUAAAUUCUGGCAGCGAUAUUGAGACUCCCGCUCAGAUGUCUGAUGCAAUUCUUUCCUCCGGGGGAGUGUCCGCGGUUAACGUUACUCUGUGUGAAUCAGCCACACCUCUUGAGCAAUCUUUGAAGGUCGAAGGUGUGAGUUUGAUUAACAAUGUUGAGUAUAACGGUGACGGAAUUCGCGUGUGGAAGGCGUACGGUGUUGGCCCUGGGAAACUUUUAAAGUUGGAGAAUCCACCUUUGUCGGAGCUUCCAUCACUCACAAGUACUCAAACACAUUCUAGUACCUUCACUUCAGUCAAGGCAAGAAGAAAAAACGUACAGCCUCAAGUUCAUGAGGAUCAAGUAGACCAAGAGGCUAACGCUGAAUUCGUAGAAAAUCUGACAGGUGUAGAAGAAGGACUUUUUGUUUGUCCUGAGGAGAGCUGCACACGGACAUUCAUAAGGUAUUCUUCAAUGCAGCAACACUUAGAUUUUGGUAAACACGAGCGAGCUCUAGAGCGCGAGACCUUAACAGACAGAGCUGUUAGGGUGUAUGGAGAGUAA